AUGCUUGUGCGAUUCAUGUCGGAUUUCCAGUCUAAGCUAUGGUUUACUUAUAGAAAAGAUAUGCUUCGGAUUGAGCCAUCAGCUUAUACUUCUGAUGCAGGAUGGGGCUGUAUGAUGCGCACAGGACAGAGUCUGCUUGCCCAAGCAUUUGUUCAUAUCAUUCUUGGCCGAGACUGGCGUUACCAUCAACAACCGACAGAAGAAGUUGUUCAAAAAUACUGUAACAUUUUGAGUUGGUUUGCAGAUGAGCCGGAACGGUAUUACAGUAUUCACAAUAUUGCUAAAGCAGGGGUGCAUCUUGAGAAGCGUAUUGGCGAUUGGUUCGGGCCAGCUACAGUAGCACAUGCUUUAAACGUUCGCGUGUCUGACAUUGAGAGGGCAGCUAUCGAUGGGCAGCCCAAGAUGGCACGGGCAUCAAUGGAAAGUGUAGGCCCAAACUUUUAUGAACACCAAAGCAAAACUUCUGAGUCUACCAGCUGGAAACCUGUGGUAAUACUACUGCCUGCUCGAUUCGGCUUGGAGAAGCUGACAGAGCGAUACAUCAAUAACUUGAAGCGACUUUUCAGGCUCCCACAAUUCCUUGGCAUUGCAGGCGGCCGGCCCGGUCGAUCGCUUUAUUUUGUUGCGAGUCAGGGUAACGAACUCUUUUAUUUUGACCCCCACUUUGUCAAGCCCCGGGCCACACAGGAAGAGCUAUCUUGUUAUCCUUCCAUAGUACGUUUAUGCUAUCAUUGUAACGUCAUUAGAUCGAUGGAUAUCCUUGAAAUGGAUCCGUCAAUGUUGCUUGGAUUCCUGAUCCGAUCUGCGGACGACUUGGUCGACUUGUGUACCCGUCUAAAAACGGAAAUGGAGCAUGGAUACCCCCUCUUGACAAUCGUUGAA